AGAGAGGAGCGGUCUGGCUUUCCUGCAGAACUGGAUGCAGCUGUGCCUGCGUCACUGAGGGCCGCAGCCAUGGCGCUCCCCGCUCUUUCUGUUGCAGACAUUGUGCCAAUCCUGACCUCCACAGUGAUCGAGUGCCACAGGGCAGGCCUGAGGAACUCUGCUUUCAGCUUUGCGGCUAUGUUGAUGAGGCCUGAGUACCGCAACAAAAUCGAUGCUAAAUACAAAAAGAAGAUCGAGGGAAUGGUCAGGAGACCUUACACGACAGAGACAGAAGAGACCACGACCCCAUGUCCUUUCUGCCAGUUUCUCCUCCCAGAAUGUGAACUCCUCUGUCCCGGCUGUAAAAACAACAUUCCCUACUGCAUCGCCACAGUAAGUUUCUCUGUAACACUUCCUGCCACUUGAGUACUUGAUAUAUACCU